GUCUGUGUUCAUCAGCCCAUCACUCUCUUCUGUCUAUGUAGGUCAUGGCGGUUGCAGGGGCAAUGGUGAUGUCAGGUGCUCUUCUCCUUCUCCACCUCUUAGCUUUUACCUGCGUCGCCUGCAAUGGCGGCAGCGAGCUGCCGCCGAUCAGCCGGAGGAGCUUCCCCAAGGGGUUCAUUUUUGGGACGUCCUCGUCGUCAUAUCAGUUCGAGGGUGGCGCAGUGUUGGGUGGCAGAGGACCAAGCAUCUGGGACACCUUCACACAUCAGUCUCCAGACAAAAUCACUGACAGAAGCAAUGGCGAUGUGGCUUGCGACAGCUACCAUCUCUACAAGGAAGAUGUGCGCAGUAUGAAGGAGAUGGGGAUGGAUGCAUACAGAUUCUCCAUCUCAUGGUCAAGAAUUCUUCCAAAUGGAAGUCUGAGCGGUGGAGUCAACAGAGAAGGCAUCAGCUACUACAACAAUUUGAUCAAUGAGCUAUUAUCGAAAGGGGUGCAACCAUUUGUUACCCUUUUCCACUGGGACUCACCUCAGGCGUUGGAAGAUAAAUAUAAAGGGUUUCUUAGCCCUAAUAUCAUAAAUGACUAUAAGGAAUACGCUGAAACAUGCUUCAAAGAGUUUGGUGACCGGGUGAAACAUUGGAUCACCUUCAAUGAGCCUUGGACCUUCUGCUCUAUGGGCUAUGCAUCUGGCAUCAUGGCACCAGGCCGGUGUUCAUCCUGGGAGGUGGGAAAAUGCAGAGUUGGAGAUUCAGGAAGGGAGCCUUACACUGCAUGCCAUCACCAACUACUUGCUCACGCAGAAACCGUUCGGUUGUACAAAGAGAAAUAUCAGUUCACUGAAGGAAAUGUCAGGCAGUUGCAGUUCAUCCGUGAUAAUAAUUUAAAUCGAAGAUCCGCAAAGGCCCGACGCAGGAACUGCAUCUUGCAUGUUACUUAUCGCGACUCCUCCCGGCAGGUGGCGGCGCGGCAAAAAUUGCCGGCAGCGCUUUGUAAUCUCUGUUUGGACCAGACAGCAAUACUAUGCAAUGUGCGACUGGUUGCUUUCCAGCAGGCUUUACAAAAGGGGAAGAUUGGAAUAAUUUUAAAUGCAGACUGGUUUGUUCCAUUGUCCCAAUCCAAAUCCAGCAGUGAUGCUGCAAGACGUGCUCUAGACUUCAUGCUUGGAUGGUUUAUGGAUCCUCUCAUUAGAGGAGACUACCCACUAAGCAUGAGAGAAUUGGUUGGAAAUCGCUUGCCAGAGUUCAGCAAAGAGCAAUCUGGAAUGGUCAAGGGUGCAUUCGAUUUCAUUGGACUCAACUACUACACUUCAAGCUAUGCUGAUAAUGAUCCUCCAUCGCAUGGCCAUAACAACAGCUAUAAUACUGAUGCACAUGCUAAGAUUACUGGUAGUCGAAACGGGAUUCCCAUAGGGCCUCAGGCUGCUUCGUUUUGGUUUCACAUCUACCCUGAAGGGAUCUGUGAAAUGUUGCUUUAUGUUAAGGAGAACUAUGGCAAUCCUACCAUCUACAUCACUGAAAAUGGUGUUGAUGAAGUCAAUAAUAAGACCAUGCCGCUCGAGGAAGCCCUGAAGGAUGAUACCAGGAUCGAAUACUAUCACAAGCACCUUCUCGCCCUGCUAAGUGCUAUGAGGGAUGGAGCAAACGUGAAGGGGUACUUUGCAUGGUCUCUGCUUGACAACUUUGAGUGGGCAGAGGGCUACACAGUUCGGUUUGGGAUAAACUUUGUGGAUUACGAUGACGGAAUGAAGAGAUACCCCAAGAACUCGGCCCGUUGGUUCAAGAAGUUCCUCCAGAAAUCAAACAGAGAUGGAAACAAAAGGUUGAAAAGAGUUGCAUACAAUGCCUUUUCUAAUUGAACAUCGAAAUAGUAUAUAAGUUUUAUGAGUUAAGUACAAUAGAUGAAAUUGGUUCGACUAAAUUAAUAAAUCUCACUCUCCUCUUCUUGCAUGUUUGCAUCUCUCUCUUGCAUGUUACACACCUUCUAUCAACAUAUUUCUCAAAA